CCCCGUCCCGCCCCGUCGCAGGCGGCGGCCGAGCCCGCGGCAGACGCGCAGCCCCGCCGCGACAUGACCGGCCGCCGCCUCCUGGGGCUGCUCCUCGCCUCGGCCGCGCUGCUGGGCGCAGGUCAUGGGGACGACCUAGAUGACUUCAACUUAGAAGAUGCCCUGCAUGACCCCACCAUCAAGCGACCUACUCCCAAGGCACCUAGGAAGCCAGCAGGUGGGACAGGCGACUUUGAUUUGGCCGAUUACUUUGACACCCCUCUGGGGACCACCACCAAACCAGCCAAGCCGACUCCAAAGCCUUUCCCCCGGCCAGGGAAACCAGACAACAGCUUUUGGGAUGUCGUCCGCACCACCACGACCAAGCAGCCAAAAACUACAAGAGCCCCUCCCAAGGAUAACCCAGGAAAGAAUCCUAUGGAAUUGGACUUGGCUGAUGCCCUGAAUGAUAACAACGAUUGGAAAGAUCCUGGGAAGCCGAACGUAAAGCCAGAUAAUGCAUUUUCAGAUGAUGACCUGGCCAGCAUUGUGGAUGGUGGCUACGCUCCAGACAAAAAGAAAGGUGGUGAAGGCAACACCGACACCAACUACAGUGCACCUCUUUCCCUCUUCAUCCAACAGACACAGUGGAGACGGGGACAAUCGCUGGCAUCGCCAGUGCCCUGGCUAUGGCACUUGUCGGGGCUGUCUCCAGCUACAUCUCCUACCAGCAGAAGAAGUUUUGCUUCAGCAUCCAGCAGGGACUUAAUGCGGAAUACGUGAAAGGAGAAAACAUGGAAGCUGUCGUAAGCGAGGAACCCCAAGUUAAAUAUUCAGUACUGGAAACACAGUCAGCAGAACCACCAAAACAAGACAGUGUGAAGAUGUAAAGCACGACCCGGGGCUAGGAAAGAAUCAGUCAGCAGCGAACGGAGAUCUUACAUGCUUGUAAUUUAGCUUUCUAUUUAAUUUGACUCCAAAGCUAUUUAAUGUGUACUUAGGCUUGAACUGGCUUCUUAUUGCUCUAGGCUUUAGGGUUAGAGUAGUAGUACGUGUUUAUUUUUUGUAAAGAGGUAUAUGUUUACAACAAAGUAAUAUUGUAGGAUUGAUGUCCAGUUGUGUGCAAACCAACAGACGGUGCUUCAAUAGCGGUUAGUUUUUAAUUAAGGGACAAGAUCUUUUUUUAAGGAGCAGAAGAGCUUACAGGUGGGAGGACAGUGAAGUGCCUGUAAAUAGUAAUCCAAAGCAAUCCAUCCAAACCCCUUUGUUGAGCACCUCCAGACAACUUCUGCCAUCAGCUAUGGACAUGUCACUUCCAAAAGCAGUGAUGAAAACUACACAUUUCCUGAGGGCAGACUAUGGUCCUUAGUGUAGCUACACCUAAAAAUGAAGUGCCUCCCUGUUCCAAAGCCAGGAGUUGAGGAUUCUUCACCAACACACAGCGCUGGGCUUCUAACCACAGAAAAGGACCUUAUUUUCAUGCCAAGUCAUAAAUACAGGUAACAGCAGUGCGUGCAGUGUUCACUUUUAGCUAAUACUAGUUGAGUGCUUGGCUGUGCUAGAGAUGAGAAGUGCCAAGCAAUACAGUUUGUCUGUGUGACGUGAGAUACCUGCGUUGUCACUGAAAUGAAAACUCUGUGUUUGGAUGCUUUCAAGGACAGCUUCAGAUCUCAUUCACACAAGAACAAAUUACAGAUUGAACCCAAAAGAAAAUAAACAAAGGUAUCCGUUAAGAUCUGUAACACUCACUACCGCAAAAGAAGACAAGCUUAGCAAGAUGCAGUCCCCCCACUUUCUCCUUUUAUCAGCAGCUAUUGAGAGCACUGCCCGGCGGUAAAGGCAGAAAAUGGAUAUAAAGCUUCAUCCUGUGUGUCACCAACUAACCUUUAACCUGCUGAGGAUGGGUCCUCUUAUCACCAUCACGUGUGGGGUUCCAGCAGCUUCCUGGGAGGCAGUGGGCUGUAAGCGGUGCUCAGCAGGGCUCUGGGCUGCUGCCACGACAGCCCCGCGAUCCCAUGCAAGCGCUCAUGCAGCUUUCUGCACUGUUACAGAACCACGAUCAAGUCCUGACCUUCACUAUCAUGCAAGAAUUUGUGUUUAUGUCUCUAAUCCCUCUCCAACCCCUGUUUAUCACUGCUAAAAUAUGAAUACUGCCACUCUGAUCCAUUUUUCCAAAUCAACGGUUGCUUAAGAAGCAUGCUCUCAAGUGAAGAAAAAUCACUCUAUAAGAGACAACACGCUAUUUGUAAAUAUGUUGCAUUCUGUACUGUUUUGCAACUCCCAUAUUUUGUGUAUUUAAAAAAAGAAAAAGCCUUUCUGUUUGAUGUACAAGUUCACAGCUUCAAGGUAGACACGACUUAUAGAAGUCCUUGCCAGGAGGUGAAUCGCCCUAGGAGCUUUACUGCCUAAUUGAAAGGAAAUUGCCUAGUAAUGUGGUUAAGUAUUUUGCAAUAGAUGCACAAUUCUUUAUGCUCUUUUAAACACACUUUUAAUGCCUUACACUAGCUCUAGCAGAACAGCUACAGUGCUAUAAGGGAGAUGAGUUCUAGGGCUACGUGGUGCCUCGUGUGCAUGCAGGACACUUGGGCUACAACAGUACUGCUGGAAAUCAUACUGCUUUGUUUGAUUAAUGUGUUUGGAUUAGAAUACGACUAUUUCAUUAUUGGUUGCUCAGAGAGUGGAAGCAGAGGAAACAGAGAUGGGAUGCACUCUGUUUGCUUGCUCCCGGAGAAGGAUUUUCAAGAAAGAAGCAGGGUCUACAAGAUUCGGAUCAUCACAUGCAGCAGCUCAGGUGCUGGCAAAGCCACACAGCUGAGUUUGUGUUAUCUCCAUGUCUGAGCACCAUCACCUGUUUUUUAUACUUAGCCCAAAAUAUUUGAAAGCUGUAGCAUGAAAAAUGUUUUUAGAAAGCUAUUGCAGAGGAACUGUUAAAAUGUGGCAUUGAUAGGAGCUGUUUUCCCAGCUUAGAGCGAGUGACCGUAAUUCCAUUUCUCCUUUUGCCAAUGACCGUGUUGUCUGUAGGUGCGGACCAUCAGCUUUAUUGCAUUUUGGUUACCGUGCCCUCUCUGCUUAGUGCAAAGGCAGUGCCACGGUGUGCCAAGCGCUGCCUCAAGAGCGUAGCACCUUCCCUCCUUCAGGAAACUUACACUAGCACUUAGGAACCGCUUGCGGAUCUGAUGUAGUAGUAGUGGACAGGUACGGUUGGACUCGGUGAUCUCAACGGUCUUUUCCAACCUAACGAUUCUGUGAUUCUAUAAGAGAAACAUGUGGCUAAUUCACAAAUACUGCAGUUUUUUAAUUAAAAAAAAAAGGGGGGGGGAAGAGGAAGAAAGCUGUUUCACUGAAAAAAAAACACCCAGUUUUUAGAACUCUGAAGUUGCUCCUUUUCCCGAGGGCUCCUCUGUGGCUUUGGUGAAUGCUCAUGCCUUAGUGUAAUUUCUAGGUGUGUGGAAAACCCUAAGUGCACAGUGAAAGGCAGCACUUUUUCAAUGAUUUACAGUAAUAGAAUUUUAGAUCUGUUUGUCAAGGAAUUCAAAUAGGAAAAUACUGACAAAUACUGCAGUAAAGAAAUUAAACUUUGUUUUCUCUUCAAAAUUGGACAAAAGUCAAAGUUUUAAUGUGCUAAAUGUCUGUAAAGGUUCAAA